GAGGAACGCCUGAGGACAAGAGGAAGACGAGGUUCAGGGAAAGAAAGUCGACGAGAAGAAGCGGGCAGUCGGAGCCGCUGCAGAAUCCAGACCACGAAGCUUUGAAGAUGGAGCUACUGUUUGUGAUUCUUUUGAUCCUCUGCAAAACCAGUGACAUGCUCUCUACCAACAACGCCUCAGAUAUGAAUCAGCAGACUGGGAUUAGGACCGCUGAAGUUGGAGAGACAGUGACUCUAACCUGUUCCUGUAAGCAUGAUUCUGUAAAUUACCUCCUUUGGUUUCACCAAAGCCCGGGUGGGAAGCUUCACAUCGUAUCAAAGUGGAUGAGGCACCACACGGAAGUUAAAAUUUCCCUUGCACACAAAAAAAGAUUUCAAGUUGUUGCACACUCCGCAAAUGGCGUCAACGAUCUGAUGAUCUCAAAUCUUCAGCUUUCAGAUUCAGGAACGUAUUACUGCGCUAUUCUGAGAUACGUUGAUCUCGUGUUUGGACAAGGAGUAUUCCUCCAUGUCAAGACAUCCCCGUCAAAAAACACAAAGUUGCUCUUUCAUCAACCAAAGCUGAAACUACUACACCUCGGAGAGUCUGUGAACCUGAGCUGCAGGAUCUAUGCUGAACCCUGUGCAGCAGAACCGGCAGUUUAUUGGUUUUCAUAUGCCGGGUUGAAACCCGCACUCCUGUAUCCCAGUGACAGUCACUGUACAAGCGGCUUAAACGGCACAUUUCGUGGUAAAUAUUGCACUUCCUACCUCGUGCUAGAUCUGGUGAGGUCCUCAGAUGCAGGAACCUACCACUGCGCUCUGGCUUCCUGCGGUGUGGUUGUUUUUGGAGAGGGAACAAAGAUAGAAAUUGUAGUCCCGCUUCUCCUGGUGUAUUGUCUGAGUGUCGCUCUGGCAAUAUCUAUCAUCGGGGUCCUUGUUUUGUCUUCCUUCAUGUACAAGCUGCAGUUAAAUCUCAAGAGUGCCUGUGAAGGAGUUGAUGCCAAAGAGAGAUUUCCUUCGACCAGAACAGCUGUGCAGGAGCGUGAGCCAGGAAGUCUCCAUUAUGCUGCAGUGAAUCUGAAGAGGAGCAAAGAACAGCAGCUUCGAGGGGACCCAGAAGAGGCUUGUGUGUACUCCAGAGUAAAGAGCCCAAAGGACUAAAUGUCUGAAGCAAGAAAACGACAACUCACACCAUUGAUUUAAGCCUGUUUGAAUGUGGUGCAAUGUUUGCCAAAUGAGCAUUGCAAGUGCAGCACCGCUUCGAGAAACAAUAAAAUGUCAAAUUAA